AUGGCAACCCAACUCACAAAGGAUGAGAAGCCAUUGAAGGUGGAAAUCUUGAACAAAACCCAUGUGAAACCUCAAACGCCACUGGGGAGAAAAGAGUGUCAGUUGGUAACGUUUGAUCUUCCUUAUAUAGCCUUCUAUUACAACCAGAAACUGAUGAUCUAUACAGGCGAAUUUGAUGAGUUUGAGGAUAUUGUCGAGAAGCUGAAAGAAGGGUUGAAGGUGGUUUUGGAAGAGUUUCAUCAAUUGGCUGGAAAACUGGAAAAAGAUGACGAGGGAGUGUUUAAGGUGGUGUAUGAUGACGAUAUGGAAGGGGUGGAGGUGGUGUCUGCUGUCGCAGAAGAAACUAAAACCGCGGAUUUGUUGGAUGAGGAGGGCACCAUCAAGCUCAAGGAAUUGGUGCCUUAUAAUGGUGUUUUGAACCUGGAAGGGCUUCAUCGUCCACUCUUAUCCAUUCAGCUUACCAAGCUGAAAGAUGGUCUAGUGAUGGGCUGCGCGUUCAACCAUGCGAUCUUAGAUGGUACUUCCACGUGGCAUUUCAUGAGCUCUUGGGCCCAAAUUUGCGCCGGAUCCAAAUCCAUUUCCGUUCAGCCUUUCCUGGAUCGGACCCAAGCCCGAAACACGCGCGUGAAGCUUGACCUCACACCUCCCAAGCAACAAAACGGCGACGUAGCAACCGACGCAAAGCCGCCGGCGGAGGCACCGGCAUUAAGAGAGAAAAUCUUCAGGUUUUCGGAAUCAGCAAUCGACAAAAUCAAGGCCAAAGUCAACGCCAAUCCACCGGAGGGAUCCACCAAACCGUUCUCCACGUUCCAAUCGCUCUCCACACACAUAUGGCACGCGGCCACACGCGCUCGCCAGCUCAAACCGGAGGACUACACCGUCUUCACCGUUUUCGCUGAUUGCCGGAAACGAGUGGAUCCUCCAAUGCCAGAUAGCUACUUCGGGAACCUGAUCCAAGCGAUCUUCACGGUGACUGCUGCCGGAUUGUUACAGGCGAAUCCGCCUGAAUUCGCGGCGUCGAUGAUCCAGAAAGCGAUUGAGGCGCACGAUGCGAAGGCUAUUGAGGCGCGGAACAAAGAGUGGGAGAGUAAUCCGAUUAUAUUUCAGUUCAAGGACGCCGGCGUCAACUGUGUCGCCGUUGGUAGCUCGCCUAGGUUUAAGGUCUACGAUGUGGAUUUCGGUUUCGGUAAACCCGAAAGCGUUCGUAGCGGUGCUAAUAACCGGUUUGAUGGCAUGGUUUAUCUGUAUCAAGGAAAGAAUGGUGGGAGGAGCAUCGAUGUAGAGAUCAGUUUGGAAGCAACUGCAAUGGAAAAUCUCGAAAAGGACAAUGAAUUCCUUAUCGAAGAAUAAGUCUGCAUUUGGAUCUCCAGGUUAGGAUUGAAAUCAAUUCCAGUUUGUUCAAAAUUUCAAAUUCGAAAGUCAGGAUUGAAAUCAGAACUCGUUUUGGUUCAAAAAUGGAAGAAUCGAGCUUCAAUUUCAAGAAUAAAUUCGAAUGAUGGAAUGGAAAUUAGUGUCUGUUUGAUUCAGAUGUUGAAUCAUUAGGGUGUGAUUUUGAUUCCAAAGACGUUUUAGAGUUAUCGUAAUCAUGUUUAUGAAUCUUGUUUUAAUUUCAAUGUGUUGUUAAAAUUUGUAUGCAUAUGACCGUCUUUGUAUCUUGGAUCAAUUGUUUCAAUGAUGACCUGGCCAUUUUAU